AUGGGCUCAAUCGCUCCCAAGACUGGUACAUUCCUUUUUACCUCCGAGUCGGUCGGAGAGGGCCACCCGGACAAGAUUGCUGACCAAGUUUCCGACGCCAUCCUCGAUGCCUGCCUUGCUGAGGACCCAUUGUCAAAGGUCGCUUGUGAGACUGCUACCAAGACUGGUAUGAUCAUGGUCUUUGGUGAGAUUACCACCAAGGCUAGACUUGACUACCAGGCCAUCAUCCGUGGCGCCAUCAAGGACAUCGGCUACGAUGACUCCGAGAAGGGCUUCGACUACAAGACCUGCAACGUCCUUGUUGCCAUCGAGCAACAGUCCCCCGAUAUUGCUCAGGGUCUCCACUACGAGGAGGCUCUCGAGAAGCUCGGUGCUGGUGACCAGGGUAUCAUGUUCGGCUAUGCCACCGACGAGACCCCUGAACUCCUCCCCCUUACCAUCCUCCUUUCCCACAAGCUCAACGCCGCCAUGAAGGCUGCACGUAACGACGGCUCCAUCCCUUGGCUCCGUCCGGACACCAAGACCCAGGUUACUAUCGAGUACGCCCACGACAACGGUGCUGUUAAGCCCCAGCGUGUGGACACUGUCGUCGUCUCCGCCCAGCACAGCGACGAUGUGAGCACUGAGGAGCUCCGCGCUGUCAUCAAGGAGAAGAUCAUCAAGAAGGUCAUCCCCGCUGAGCUUCUCGACGACCGCACCGUCUACCACAUCCAGCCCUCUGGCCGCUUCGUCAUCGGUGGUCCUCAGGGUGACGCUGGUCUGACUGGCCGUAAGAUCAUUGUCGACACCUACGGUGGCUGGGGUGCUCACGGUGGUGGUGCUUUCUCCGGAAAGGACUACUCCAAGGUCGACCGUUCCGCUGCCUACGUUGGUCGCUGGAUCGCCAAGUCUCUUGUCGCCGCCGGCCUCGCCCGCCGUGCCCUUGUCCAGCUUUCCUACGCCAUCGGUGUCGCUGAGCCCCUUUCUCUCUACGUUGACACCUACGGUACCUCCGACAAGACCUCCGAGGAGCUCGUCCAGAUCAUCCGCAACAACUUCGACCUCCGUCCCGGUGUCAUCGUCCGCGAGCUCGACCUGGCCAAGCCCAUUUACUUCCAGACCGCCAAGAACGGUCACUUCACCAACCAGGAGUUCUCCUGGGAGAAGCCCAAGACCCUCAAGUUCUAA